GAUAAAGCCAACUCAUAAAAGAGAAGCUUAACCCAGUUUCUAGCUGUUUUCUUAGUACUCCCAAUGUGUCUAAAUAGUAGUACGGAUAUUUUUUCAGCAAACUAACAAAUAUACCACUCUCCAAUGCAUUCCAACAAUACCCUUUUCAACCUUUAGAAAAAAAAAUAUCUCUCCACUCUCUUCUCAACACUUCUUCAUACUCAUAAUAUCUCUCUCGUACUUGUUUCAAAUCUGCAAACAUGAGUAACAAACAAGACAUGAUGAAAAUUCAGAAUUGUCUUCUCAAGGUUAAUAUCCACUGUGAAGGUUGUGAGCAGAAAGUAAAGAAACUUCUUCAGAAAAUUGAAGGGGUGUAUUCUGUGAAUAUAGAUGCAGAACAAGGGAAAGUUUUGGUGUCAGGUCAUGUAGAUCCGGCAAAGCUCAUAAAGAAGCUGAAAAGUUCAGGGAAAUAUGCUGAACUAUGGGGUGGCCAGAGAAGCAUGGUGUUUAAUCAAAAUCAAAACUUUCAGCAACAGCAACAACAGCAACCUCAGUUUAAGAACGUGCAAAUGGAAAACAACAAAGGAGGUAAGAAUAGUAAGCCUCAGAAUCAAAAGGGUCAGAAAGGUGGUGGUGGUGGUGGUGGUGGUGGUGUUCAAGUUGCGCAGUUUCAGAAUCCUAAAGGGGGAAAAGAUCUGAAAGGGGCGAACAAAUCUCAGAAACAUGUCAAUUUUGACUUGUCUGAGGAUGAGUUUGAUGAGAGUGAUGGUGAUUUUGAUGACUAUGAUGAUGAAGAUGAUUUUGAUGAUGAUGAUGAAGAUGAUGAUUUUGGCCAUGGACAUGGUCAUGGUCAUGGUCAAGCUAAUGGCAAUGGAUUUGGGCAUCCUAUGCAAAAUAACAAGAUGAUGGCUAUGAUGGGUAAUGGCCGUGGGCCACAGCUAGGGCCUGGUGGUAUGAUGAAUGGGCCUGGUGGUAUGAACAACCAUAAAGGUAAUGGUUUUGGUGGUGGGGGUGGAGGUGGAGUUGGUAAUUAUGCAUCUGCCAAAAAAGGUGAUGUUUUAGAUCUACCUAUGCAGAUGAAGGGUAAAGGUGGAAAUUACGGCGAGGUGAAAAAUGGGAAAAAAGGUGGUGGCGGUGGUGAAGAUGGUGGUAAAAAGAACAAAGGAGGCGGAAAGCAAAAAGGGGAAAGUGAUUGGGAAGAUGAUAAAAAUAGUAGCAAGAAGAAGAAGAAUGGUAAAACCAAAAAUAGUGGUGGUGGUUUUCUAGUAAAGUUUCUAGGCCUUGGAAAAAAAAGCAAGAAGGGAAGUGCAAGUGAAGCAACAAACAAGAACAAAAACAAUGGAGGAGGAGGUGGAAACAAAGGGAAAGAAGGCAAGAAAGGUGGAUCAAAAUUGGAUAAACUUGAUUUUGAUUUCCAAGAUUUUGAUAUCAGUACUCCUCAUGGUAAAAAUGGUAAAUCUGGAAAUGGAAAUGGGAAAGGUAAUCCUGCCAAGGUUAAUAAUAAUGGUCAUGGUAACAAUAAUGGGAAUGUGGGCCAAAUGGGUCCAAUGGGUGGAAUGAAUCAGAUGGGUGCGCGGAUGGCUCCGAUGGGCCAAAUGGGUCCAAUGGACCACAUGAGGCCGGCGGUGCAAGGGCUACCGGCUGGGGCGGCGGCCGCGAUGAACGGUGGUUAUUAUCCAGGAAUGCAGCAGAUGCAGAUGCAACCGAAUCCUUAUCACCAGCAGCAGCAACAGCAGCAACAACAGCAGCAACAGCAAUACAUGGCGGCUAUGAUGAUGCAGCAACAACAGCAGCAAGCGAAUAUGAACAGCAUGUAUCCACCGCACAUGAUGUAUGGAGGAGGAAGGCCACAUCCAUCAAUGAACUACAUGCCACCACCACCAAUGCCAUCACACCCUAUGGCAGAUCCUAUAACUCAUGUUUUCAGUGAUGAGAACACUGAGAGUUGCAGCAUCAUGUAAAAUAAUUAGUUACUCCAUUAUUUACUAGUGACUAGUUUGGUUUUCAGGUUCUAUUAUUUUGUCUUUUCGGGUCCAUUAAAUUUUUGUUGCAGUGUUAGGAAAAUGUGCAAGGUUUAAGGGAUUUAUCAUAUGCGGUUUGUUUUAUUUCUGCUGUGUCCUGUGUUAUGAGCAGAACAUGGUGCCAUUGUAAUGUAAGUCAAUGAAUGACAGUCUCACAUGGCAUUUGGUGACCAA